AAAUUUCUGAGUAACAAACAACAAUGCGUCAAGAGAACAGGGACGACAAAAAAAGAAACAAAGCUCAAUUUUGUGUCUUACUAUUUGCUUCUUAAAUACCGCGCCGCCCUGCAAACUGGCUGUGUUUUCUUUUUGUGCACCCUGUUUGAUUACUUCUCCAAGAUAGUUUAAAAACCCAUUUCGGCUGACCCCUCCCUUCCGCCCCCUGCAAAGAAUUAUUUUUUACCUCUCUGUGACCCAUUCGCAUACCCUCACAAUGCCGCUGGUAAAGGCUUCUGUUGAAGUCAACGAAGAUACCAGGAUCCUGGGAUACGACCCUCUCCUCUCUCCUCAAUUCCUCCAGACAGAAAUCCGUGCUCCAAAACUAGCUAUUGAAACAGUUCAAUCCGGCCGCAGCCAGGCGAUUGAAAUCAUUGAACAACGCGAUGACCGUCUCCUCGUUGUAUGCGGGCCAUGCUCGAUCCACGACCCAGAUACCGCCCUAGAAUAUGCUAGACGACUGAAGAGCCUCUCUGACAAGCUGAAGUCGGAUCUCUGUAUCAUCAUGCGCGCCUAUUUAGAGAAGCCCCGCACCACCGUCGGGUGGAAGGGCUUGAUCAACGACCCAGACAUCGAUGAAUCUUACAACAUCAACAAGGGCUUACGCAUCUCGAGAAAGCUCUAUGCUGACUUGAACGGCAUGGGCAUGCCCAUCGCCAGCGAAAUGCUGGACACAAUCUCCCCCCAAUUUCUUGCAGACCUGAUUUCCCUGGGCGCCAUUGGCGCCCGAACAACCGAAUCGCAACUCCACCGGGAACUUGCGUCGGGCCUCAGUUUCCCCAUUGGCUACAAGAACGGCACGGAUGGCAACCUAGGUGUUGCCAUCGAUGCCAUUGGUGCAGCUGCAAAUCCACACCAUUUCCUCGGCGUCACGAAGCAAGGACUAGCUGCCAUCACCAAGACAUGCGGUAACGAGCAUGGCUUUGUGAUACUCCGCGGCGGCACGAACGGGACUAACUAUGAUGCGGAGAGCAUUAAAGCAGCUCGCCAAGACCUGCGCCAGAAGAAGCAGCGCGAGAUCGUCAUGGUCGACUGCUCGCAUGGGAACUCGAAAAAGAACCACCUCAACCAGCCCAUUGUCGCUCAAUGUGUUGGCGACCAGCUGCGGAAUGGCGAGGAGGCUAUCAUCGGUGUGAUGAUCGAGUCGAAUAUUUAUGAAGGGAACCAGAAGGUGCCGCCGGAAGGUCCGUCGGGCCUCGCCAAGGGUGUCAGCAUUACCGAUGCUUGUAUCAAUUGGGAAAUGACCGUUGAAGUGCUGGAGCAGCUUGCUGAAAGCGUACGCGUUCGCAGGACCCUUAGAGUUGCGAAGCAAAAUGGCGUCUCGAGUAAUGGGGAGAAUGUCAACGGGCAUACCAAUGGGUCUGCUUGAAGUGUUUUUUUCUCCCUGCCUUUUCUUUUUUCCACUUUUCUCUUCUUUCUCAAUUUUCUUUUGACCGCCUCUAGAAGAAAAGCACAAAGUAGAAACGACUUGCCCCUUACUUUUUUUUAAUACUAAAUUCAUCUCUUUUUUCAAUUUCCGUUGAAUCCAAUCGAAUCGGUCAAAGCAUGGCGAUACGAAGCAAGAAUCUUUGGUACAAAGGAAACAUAUUUUCAUCAUUUCAGCUUAUGAAAUUUUAACUAAAAUCCUUUAUCCCGCUAAAACAAAGAUUUUUCACCUUUCAUCAACAAUCCCGAAGUUUUUCCUUUCCCUUUCUCUUGGGAACCUUUCCCCCUUCCUCCUCUCUAACCCCCUCCACUCCAAGCCACCCCUUUACAAAGCACAACUGAACGUCUUCUCAUUUCCAAACUGAAACAUAUGAUGAAAAUUUCUUUUAGGAUUUUAGAUAAAUCAGAAUCAGAUUGGUAGAUCAGGGGUCGCCAUUUAUGGGUACUCCAAAAAUUCAU